AUGCGUAUUGUGAGCUAUCCAUGGGAUUUGGUGAUGACCGAUUCGCUCUUUACCGCCAGCGGUUACGCUCUGGCUGAGCUGUCUCGAGCUCAUCACGUCAUGAUGCAUUCCACGGAUGUCGAAAGUGGUCACGGUAUUUCUAAAGGUUAUGCAAGGCUAUUCAGGCACUAUUUAACGAUGCCCCGCAUUUUUAUGCAUUUUGAUAAUCCCACUUAUGAUGUGCGAAGCUUUGUGGAUCGUUUGGUUGGUGCCUACAAUUGGUUCGGAAAUUGGUUCGUUUUUGCGGUACUUGCAAAUAGCUACAUGAAGAGAGUAGCUGCACCGCUGUUACCGCAUUUCGAUUUCACACGCUACAAUGCUGAAGCAUCGAUGAGCUUCACCGACAUGCCUCUUUCACUUUAUGCACCUGCAUCAGCAAGCAACGAAGUUAGUCCAUCAAAUAAGUUAAAAUUAAAAUUUUCCAUUGUGUGA